AUGGCAUCGGCAGCACCUGAUAAAAUGGCUGUUUCGGCACCUGGAUUCGAUUCAGCUCCUGUCACAGUAGCUUCUCAUGCACCUCAAUUAGAUGACGAGGACAUGAGUGAUGAUGAGCCGUUAAUCAGGAAAAAAGUCAAUGGGUCUGGCGCGAAGAAGAGGAUAGGUGGUGACAGUAGUAAUAGCAGUGACGAUGAUGAGAAACCAUUAAGCAAGAAACCUAGAGUAUCAAAUGGAAUGACAAGUAAGAAAAGAAGAGUCGUUGAUAGUGAUAGUGAUGAAAGCGAUGCUGGACCUUCAGUUAAAAAAGAACCUGAACCAACUCCAAAGACAAAUGGUACUUCCAAACCUCGCUCAUCGACAGCAAAAAAAACUGCUCCACCUGCAACCGAUUCCGAUUUAUCAGAAGAUGAUAAACCUCUCGCCAAGCGGACUACAACAAAUGGCAACGGAAGCGGAAAAGCAAAUGGAAAUGGAAAACCUACUUCUGCAGCGAAACCUAAGGCUAAAGCAACUAAGAAAGCUCCUUCAAGUGAUGAAGAUUCACCUUCGCUCUCAGAAGAAUCGUCUUCGGAGGACGAAAAACCUUUAGCUAAGAGGAAACCAGUGCCUAAACCAAGACAAAGUGCAGGCUCAACAACAACAACAGCAGCAGCUAAGAAAAAGGUCAAAGCUGAACCUGAAAGCGAUGAUGAUGAUGAUGAUGUACCAUUAGCUAAAGGAAAAGCAAAGGCAAAACCAACCGGAAAAGACAAGAAGCCAGUCGUAAAGAAGGAAAAGAAAGUUAAAGAGGAGGAAGACGAAGAGGAGAAAUAUAAAUGGUGGGAACAAGAAGCAUUAGGUGAUGGUGAAGUCAAAUGGACAUCAUUCGAACAUAACGCUGUGCUUUUCCCUCCGCCAUAUAUACCUUUACCAAAGAAUGUCAAAAUGAAAUAUGAUGGCGUACCCCUCACUCUCCCACCAGAAUCAGAAGAAGUAGCUGGAUUCUUCGGAGCGAUGAUAGAAACAGAUCAUGCUCAAGAUGCAAAAUUCAGAGAGAAUUUCUUCAAGGAUUUCAAGACCAUGCUCGAUAAAUAUCCACCAAAAGAAAAUGUCAAAGUGAAAUCUUUGGAUAAAUGCGAUUUCAAGCCUAUGUUUGAGCAUUUCGAAAGAGAAAAAGAGAAGAAGAAAGCUAUGACCCGUGAUGAGAAGAAAGCGAUCAAAGAAGCCAAAGAUAAAAUGGAAGCACCCUACCUAUUCGCGAUGGUAGACGGUCGAAAAGAAAAGGUUGGAAACUUUAGAGCGGAACCUCCAGGAUUAUUCAGAGGUAGAGGUGAACACCCUAAAAAAGGAACACUCAAGCAUCGAUUACGUCCAGAAGAUAUCAUCAUCAAUAUCGGAAAGGAUGCACCUCUUCCCCAAGCUAACAUACCGGGGAAAUGGAAGGGAGUCCAACACGACAACACCGUCACCUGGCUCGCACAUUGGAAAGAAAACGUCAACGGGAAUGCUAAAUACGUCUUCUUGUCUGCUGGUUCAUCUUGGAAAGGCCAGAGUGAUAGAGCGAAAUUCGAGAAAGCUCGAGAAUUGAUUAAACACGUAGAUAAGAUCCGAAAAGAUUACACAGAAGAUCUGAAAUCCAAGGUCAUGGCUGAUCGACAAAGAGCUACUGCAUUAUACUUUAUCGAUCGAUUGGCUUUGAGAGCAGGUAAUGAAAAGGGAGAAGACGAAGCGGAUACCGUUGGUUGUUGUUCUCUCCGAUUCGAACAUGUCACCCUCACUCCUCCAAAUACUGUAGUGUUCGAUUUCCUGGGUAAAGACUCCAUGAGAUUCUUCCAAGAGGUUCAAGUGGAUGCUCAAGUUUUCAAAAACAUUAAGCUGUUCAAGGCCGAACCCAAGAAAAAGGGGGAUGACCUUUUCGACAGAUUGACGACCACACUUCUGAAUAAACAUCUCAACAGCAUGAUGCCUGGACUUACAGCCAAGGUAUUCCGUACAUACAAUGCAUCAUGGACUUUCCAGAAACAGCUUAAGAACACGCCGAAGAACGGUACUGUAGCGGAGAAGAUAGCAGCAUACAACACAGCGAAUAGGGAAGUUGCCAUUUUAUGUAACCAUCAAAAGAGUGUCAGUAAAAAUUAUGACACCUCGAAAGCGAAACACGAGGACAAGAUCCGGGCAUUGAAAUAUCAACGAAUGAAAUUAAGAUUACAGGUAUUCUCACUAGAUCCUAAAUUGAAGAAGAAGAGACCUGAUUUGGCAGAAGAUGAAUCUGAUAUGGACGAAGAUUUCUUCGAAAGACAUGAGACUGAUCUACUUGAAAAGGCAAUCGAUAAUGCCAAGAAGAAAUUCGAGAAAGAAAAUAUCAAAGCUGAAGAAGAAGGUGAGAAGAAGAAAGACAAGAAGGAAUUGGAUGAAAGAUUGAAAGAGAUCAAGGAUGAAUUCAAGGAAUUGAGAAAGGAAAGAAAGAGUAAGAAAGUAGAACCCAGAAGAGGAGCCACUGAAGAGAAACUCCUUGAACAGAUCACCAAGAUGGAUGAACGCAUAGCGACUGCUAAAGUACAAUUAGAAGAUCGAGAUAAAUUAAAAGAUGUUGCUUUGGGGACGUCCAAAGUCAACUAUAUCGACCCUCGUAUAACUGUAGCUUGGGCAAAGAGAUAUGAUGUACCUCUAGAGAAGUUGUUCUCCAAGACCUUACGUGAGAAGUUCCCCUGGGCAGAAGCUGAAGCUGAGAAGAACUGGGUGUUCUAA